GCGGCGGCGGCGGCGGCGGCGGCGGCACGAAGGAGCGAGCCGACUCUCAGCCCUGCUGAAGAUGGACGACCUGGAGCCAGACUUCAACCUGAAAGUCGUCCUGACUAGUUUCAAGCAGUGUCUCAACGAGAAGGGAGAGGUGCUGCUGGAGCACUACCUCGAGGGCUGGAGGGGGCUGGUCAGGUUCCUGAACAGCCUGGGCGCCAUCUUCUCCUUCAUCUCCAAGGACGUGGUGGCGAAGCUGCAGAUCAUGGAGCGCCUGCGCAGCGGCCCCCAGCGGGACCACUACAGCAGCCUGCAGUCCAUGGUGGCCUACGAGUUGGGCAACCAGCUGGUGGACCUGGAGCGCCGCUCCCGCCACCCGGACUCGGGCUGCCGGACGGUGCUGCGGCUGCACCGGGCGCUGCGCUGGCUGCAGCUCUUCCUGGAGAGCCUGCGUACCAGCCCCGAGGAUGCGCGCACCUCGGUGCUCUGCACCGACUCCUACAACGCCUCGCUGGCCGCCUACCACCCCUGGAUCAUCCGUCGGGCCGUCACCGUGGCCUUCUGCACGCUGCCCACGCGCAAGGUCUUCCUGGAGACCAUGAACGUGGGGCCCCCCGAGCAGGCCGUGGAGAUGCUGGGCGAGGCCCUGCCCUUCAUCGAGCACGUGUACAACGUCUCCCAGGAGCUCUACGCCAAGCACGCCCUGCUGGACCUGCCCUAGGGGCCGGCGGGCCCGGGCUGCAUGCCCUCCUCCAGAGCCGGGCUGGGGCGGCCAGGGCCCAUCGGUUCCCCCACGGAGCUUCCUGGGCGUCCUAGGAGCAGGGAAACCGGUCCCCCUGCGGGCUGAGCUUGUGGGGAGCCGCAGGCCCAGCAUGGCCUGCUUGGGCUGCAGCCAGGGAAGGCAGGCGCCGCCAGGUGGGUGAGGUGCAGGGUGCAGGGUGCAGGGAGGGUCAAGCAGGCUCAGUCUUCGUGCAAAAGCCCGAGAGGCUGCCCUCACCUGUGAGUCAAGUUUGUGAGCUGGGCGACUCACGGCUCCGGGGAGUAGCUGCUGCAGCUAGCUGGCGCGAGUCCUCGGGCCCGCUGGGUCCUGUGUGGC